AUGAAAGAUCCCAGUUUAUAAAUGGUGGCCUUAUUUACAUUCAAUGCAUUUUAUCCUCCUUUACUUUUGGCAGUUGAAAUAUCACAACAUUGGUUGAGAUUAAUAUUGUCAAAUAUUCAAUAUUGAAUAUGGAAUAAUGACUGAUAAUUUCGACUCAUUAACGGAUACAAUUAGUUCAUCAAUCCUGUAUUAUUAUGGAAACUGAUAUCGGGAUGAGAAUCCAGGAAACGCUAGUUUCCAUCAAUGACGUUACGUUGAAAAUUAAAAAGGAGCUGGAAAUCAUCGAGGGACUUGUGAAAGAAAAUGGACAUUUGCACACGAUAGUUGACACGGCGAAUCAUAUUUUAUCUAAGAAGGUUCAAGAAAUGGGAAUGAAUGUGGCAGAUAUUAUUAAUGAGAGCAAACACAAAAACAGUGCAAUUAUAACUUUCAGAUUGUAUCUUUCAUAAAUCAAGGAUGUCAGAUAUAUCUCGUGCAUAUCUUUCAUAAUCAACAAAUUGUAUGCAUAGGAUGUGCUCCACAUCUUUGGAUUGCAAAAAAUAUAUUAGCUGG